UUGGGUUUUCGGGGGGGCUGGAAGAGUGCGAGUCUUGCACGUCUUUGUCUGGGAACGCAGGCGUGACCGCGUUUCAGCCAGGCCAGCUGACACGUUGUUUGCUGCAGUUCCAGAGAAACGCGGCGCAGACUUGUUUGUCGUUUUUUUUUUGAGGCCAGCUGAGAGCGCAGAUUGUGCGCAGUCGCCGUGCGCAGGCGAGUGUCGCAAUCUAGCGGCCGGUUUUCUGACUACGUGGGCAACCUGGCGCGGCCGACCGCGCGGCCGGCUUGUUGUAAUAACUUUACGUGUUUGUAAAACACAGGAAAACUUCCCGUCAGGAUGUUUUCCCCGUAGGGGUUUUGCGGCCAAGAAAAUAGCUUAAAAGAGAUGUAAAAUGUUUUCGCGGGGCGGUAAUCCUGUGGAAGGCUGUCAUGCUGCCCGGCCGCGCGGCGACUUGGUAAUGGUUAGAAUUUUUACAGAGUCUUAAGGCGUGAUCAUCUUCCGUACUGACGAUGAGGAUGCUACACAUGUCCUGGUGCUCCUGCAGCUGGGAAGCAGCAGACAACAUCGACCGCUACCUGAAGGAGCAGUGGGGGUGGUUGCGGGAGCGCAUUUCGAGCCGAUACCUCAGGUAACAUUGUACACUUCAUCGGUAACAGUAAAUUUUAAGGUUGCUUGGCCAAUGCAAUUAGAUGACAUUCAGGAUAGUAUCAAAGAAAUCACUUCUUGUCCCUCCAAUAGUUCAAGUGAAUGGUGUGUUAUUUUCAAAGAAUUAAAACAUAGCUUAAUUUAUACUGACAUGCUAAUUAAUAAGGUAAACGAAGCAGCAGGGGAUGACGUAUUGGAUUUUCAGUCUCAAGUUCGGGAAAGACGAGGGUUAAAUUUCAUUGGAGAGUUUUUUCAUUGGUGUUGUGACAUUGCCGUCAAUAGUCAAUUGAAUAAUCUUUUCCUAAAUGAACAACAAAUGUCAGAACACAUAAACAAGAUGGAAUCACAAAUUUUAAACACUCAUGAGGCACUGGCAAAUAUGAGCAACACUAUUUUUGUUAUAAACGAGGGAAUGACCGGAAUUCUAAAAAGAGUACAAUCAAAAUUCACAAAUUUGUCUGAUUACUUAAAAGACCUCCGAGAGACUAUGGUGACUAAGUUUUCAGGAAUGGUUCAAGACAUAGGACAUUCAUUCCAGUUUCAGGUACUGUUGGCCUCUCAAUUAGCCAAACAAGCGCAUACAUUUACAAGACUAGAGAUUCUGGACCAGUGCCGGUCAAAUAAAAUACCUGCCAUUGUAGUUACACCAGCUCAAUUGAAAGAGAAAUUAAAUAUGCUAAAUGAAAUUCUUAAUAGGGAUGGUUAUGCGUUGUCCAUAAGUGUAUCAGAAGUUCAGAAAUAUUUUAAUUUACCCAUUUGUAAAUGUCAAGUCCACAAGGAAAAUUUAUACCUUCAAAUUAAAGUACCAAUUGUUAAACUAAAUUCCAAUUGGAGAUUGUUUCAGUUCGUCGCAGUCCCAUUUCAGUGGAAGAACUCAACUUGUCAUUUGGAUCAUGCUCCGAAUUUUCUGGCAGUGGAUGGAGACCAUCUAAUCACUAUUCAGGGUAGAAAUUUAUUAGAUUGUAGACCAUUUGAAGAUAAAUUGUGUUUUGUUCCCAGGUUCUCCGGAGAUACCCUAGGUAGUGCUUUGUGUCCAAAGGCUCUUUUUCAGGGGAUUACCGUUGAAAAUCUUAGUACCACAUGUGCGUUUCGAUGCCAUUCCGGAAACCAACUGAUGAUCACCCAGGCUGGACCAGAGCGGUACUUCCUAACAAACCCGUCAGGAAAAUUAGACUUGCAAUGCAUGAAACAUAACAAUGAAUCUUUAUUUUUAGGAAGUGGAGACAUCCUCGGAGCUGUAGAUAUAGAAGUACCGUGUGAUUGUCGUUUGUAUUUAAACCAAGAACUUAAAAUUAACGAGUUGUAUCCAUGUGAUGCGUUAACAAAAUCUAAAUUUCAAUUGGUACAUGUAAUACCAGCUGCUUGGACGAAGUUACGUAAAUUGAAAAUUUUCCCUCAUCCUACGUCAACACAUACAGUUUUUCCAUCCUUAAUGGAUUGUUUAGAUGAAAAUUGGCCAACUCUAAUACCACAUUUAAAUUUUUCUUUGACAAAGUUUGAAACCCCUUUAGACCCGAUUCAUUUAAGAGAACCAGAAAACGUACCAAGAUUUGUAAUGAAAAACUUACAGAGUAUUGCGCUUUCCAUUGUAAGUAGUGUAUUAUUAUUUAUUAUUAUUAAAAAUCCAUAUCUAGUAGGUAUUGGAACGCUACCAAGAGUAUCCGCCUUGGACAAUGUUACUACCCUUGGCAUAGAAAUAAGUGUAACUGUAAUUACUAUAUUGGUAAUAGUUGGAAUGUUUUUAGUUCUGUUAUUAAAAUAUCUGAGAAAUCGGAAACCCCUCAGUAUGUCUGUAGAAAUCUCGACUACAGUAGAAAAUGCUGUUCCUUCUACCAGUGGAAAGGUAGAAUUAAAAGACAUACUAGCCAGAGAUAAUGGUUGUGUAGCUAAGUUAUCCAGUGAAACUGGGGAGGAAUUGAAAGUAACCAUUUCCAUUUGUGAUGAUCAGUAGUGAAUGAAUUUUGUUCAAUGUAAAGCUUUACCUACGAUUAGAAAAAUUAGAAUUUGAUUAAUGUUUAUGUGAAGGGGCAUGCGCCCAUAAAUAAUUUUUAUAGAACCAAAUAACGAUGGAGGGAGAAUACCAGGUUCAAUAAGGGGAAUUAUGACGUCAGGACUAAUCAUUGAGAAAGUGGGUGGGAUCCUUUCCGUAUUCCCAUUUUCCACCAUAAACCCGCCCCCCCCUUGUGUUUUUAUUAUUCAAGAAGUGACAUUGAUAGUUUUCGUCAAUCGAAGAGAAUGACUUUUGAGGCGGACUUGUUAAGUGCAAUUUCGAAAGGAGUGCUGUGGUGCAGCUCCAUCCAGAACUUUUGUCCCUUCUCGAGUUGGGAGAAGGCGCGUCGUUAAGGGUCAGCCAGAUACCACGUGGGCCAGUUGGGAGAAGAGGACCUGCUUCUACCCAUUGCUGCGGGCUGGUGCCCGUAUCGUCGAAUCGUGUGGUGAUGCACGAUUACCAGGAGUAUCAGCGGUUUGGGAGUGGCCAUGUCCAAGGACAGUGAUUACGCAUCGUGAUAGGGUGUGGCCCCCCAAACAACAAAUUUAUCGAGAAGACUAGAAUUAUCCAUCGUUUGAAACUACUGACCUGACGUUCAAAACAAAGUGUAUAGCAAGACAAGGCCAGUGUAGUUAUAAACUUUCAACCUACACGUGGACACAGUCAAGUUUUUGUUGUAAAUUUUCCUAUUAGGUACCUUACCUUAUCCUUCCUCUACGAAAUGUGGGGGGUAGGCUUUUCUUCAAGAUGUUGAAUAUUGCAGAUGAGUUACGAGUUUAGUUUUUGAAUAGUUACUUGUUUUAAGAAUCUUUAAAAGUUAUUUUUGUGUUGAUACCUGGUAUGACCCUCCUUGGUUAGUUGUGUUGAUCUAUGUUGAUCUCAUGAAUACUUCUUGAUAAACACAUGAAAAUACGUCAUUAACUUAAGUAAGAUAAUUUAAUUGUUUGAUUUGUUCACUAUUAUUUUGAUGUUUGAGAGUUUUUUUUUAGUUGUUUGUAAAUGUAUGACUCCUGAUGCUGCUCAUGUAUUUUGUGUAGGAAUGGUGUCGUGUACCGUGGAUGACGAGCAGUUGGGAUGAACGACGUCGGGAUGGACCGGCUGGGAGAGGCAGAAGUUGGAGUGGGGUGUGAUUCUGCAGCUCACAGUUCCGCUGGCUGUUCCUGUCUCUGCCCUGAGUUGGUGCAUCUCUUCGCCGUAUCCCUCCUGGCUGCUUGCUGUCCCAAGCAGUGCUAACAUGUGAAAUUUUGUAAAACACACUUGUCCUCCGAGAGGAAAUUGUCAAUAAGUGCUAGUAGAACUUAGAGUUGGUAUUUAUACCUAAACAACAACCACUGUAAUCACUAAUUUAAAUUUGUAACUGGAUCACAUAGAAAUGAUAGGGACAAUUGGUUUUUUUUUUGAAGCAAACUUAAAUAUUCCCCAAGCAUUGUUGUAAGCUUGUGGGGCACAAGCUCCUGCCGCCCGGGGUGAUGUCGCGUAGCUCAAAAUUAUCAUUAAUUUAUUUAAUUAGUUGAUUUGUUGAAAAUACAAUUUUAAAUUCUUUUCGCUAGUUCGGGACUUGGUUUCCCUCACGCUAAGAUGGGGUAACACCUUUGUUGGAUUUGGGUUUUCGGGGGGGCUGGAAGAGUGCGAGUCUUGCACGUCUUUGUCUGGGAACGCAGGCGUGACCGCGUUUCAGCCAGGCCAGCUGACACGUUGUUUGCUGCAGUUCCAGAGAAACGCGGCGCAGACUUGUUUGUCGUUUUUUUUUGAGGCCAGCUGAGAGCGCAGAUUGUGCGCAGUCGCCGUGCGCAGGCGAGUGUCGCAAUCUAGCGGCCGGUUUUCUGACUACGUGGGCAACCUGGCGCGGCCGACCACGCGGCCGGCUUGUUGUAAUAAAUUUACGUGUUUGUAAAACACAGGAAAACUUCCCGUCAGGAUGUUUUCCCCGUAGGGGUUUUGCGGCCAAGAAAAUAGCUUAAAAGAGAUGUAAAAUGUUUUCGCGGGGCGGUAAUCCUGUGGAAGGCUGUCAUGCUGCCCGGCCGCGCGGCGACUUGGUAAUGGUUAGGUGAGUGCUAUCGGAAAUGGCGCCUGAGUGAUGCCGGACUCUUAGCCUUCAGUGUUUCUUCGUAGUUAACUUUAAAAAUUCUCGUUUGGUGUAUUAUUUGCUCUUAUAAAUAAUUUGUUCUUAGAAACUUAGUGGUUUUAACAUGUAAUACGUUGAGCACUACAUUUCCCUUUUUAUUUUCAAGUAUAACUCGGUAAUUUGUUUGCAUCACGAUCCUUGUCUUUUCAUGUAAAUGAUGACGUUAUAAACUUAAACUAAAUAAUUUCUAAAAUCCGUUUCGAGGUAGUGGAUGUUCUUAAUAAAUUUUAAAAAUGAAGUUGUGGAAGAGCUAAUGAAGCUUGGUAUCACUGGGUGGCCUGGAGGAAAUUAUUACGAUUAUGUUAAUGUGUUAGUACUACUAAGAAAAUCUUAUAUAUGGUUUAUUGUUUUUCUGUCGGAAUAUCUAUAAGGCUGGUAGCGGACAUGGAAGGUGCCUCAUUAUUUGUCAGCUUUAUUUAAUUGUUAUAAAUAAAUGUGAUUGUUCUAUUGUUUUUAGGUUACUCUUAUUUUUUUCUCAGUAUCCUGAUUUUCUAUUCUUGUAUAAGAAUACACCUACUAAGAUUCAAUCCUCAGUGAGAUGCUCUAUGGCUAGUUAAUGUUUUGAGUUUCUUAUGUUCAGAGCUACAUUUUUGAAGAAUUGAACCCCCC